AUGGGCAGGCACGCGACCAUGAAAUUCUACCUCACACUCACCGUCUUGCUCUUGAUCGCUUUCGCCGGUGUCAACGGACAAAGCGGAGAACAGGGUGAAACCGGGAUUAUCGCCGCCGCUGCCAGAAGAUGCGCUCUCAAGUAUCAAAUAUGCUUCUUCGACUGGGAGUGCUGCAGUGGUGACUGCGCCUGGUACCGUUUGUGUCGAUGA